GGCGCUCUAACCGAAGUUGCGAAUCUGUCGAGGUAAUGAAAUGGUUACAUUCAAUCCGGAUAAUCAGACACAAUUACUUUUCAAAAAAACGAAAACAGCGCAUAAGGAAACCAUUCCAUGUUUAUUGUAAUAGAAUGUGCUCUGAAACGAAGACGUGAGUGUGCGCGCUGGAGACGCAGUCGCUGGACUGUCAAUGCCCGGAUUCUCUAUUGAUCAUGCUAAUGUAUGGAGAUAUAACUUCUUAAAAUAAGCAGAAAUGUGUCCGGUUCGCUUUCUUCUCUUCUUCUGCCUCGUCGUCAUAAUUGUGGUGGUUCAGAGGAGCAGCGGGCAGUCAGUGUGUCCUGGCACUGAUAACAAGCUCAGCACGCUGUCGGAUUUGGACCAGCAGUACAAAACUCUUCGCAAGUUCUACGAAAACUGUGAGGUGGUCAUGGGUAAUCUGGAGAUCACCAGUAUUGAAAGAAACCGCAACUUGUCAUUCCUCAAGUCCAUCCGUGAGGUGACUGGUUACGUGUUGGUGGCUCUGAAUCAGUUCGACUAUCUUCCUCUGGAGAACCUGAGGAUUAUCCGUGGCACUAAACUGUAUGAAGGACGCUACGCUCUGGCCAUCUUUCUCAACUACAGACGAGAUGGCAACUUUGGCCUUAGACAACUUGGCCUCAAGAACCUGACAGAAAUCCUGAAUGGAGGUGUGUAUGUGGAUCAGAAUCAGUUCUUGUGUCAUGCUGACACCAUCCACUGGCAGGACAUCAUCAAGAACUCGCGUUCUGAACUUCUGGUCGUGCCCUCAAACAAUAGUGGCAACACAUGCAGAAGGUGUCAUCGCUCCUGUAACGGCCGCUGUUGGGGCCCCCAGGAGAAUCAGUGCCAAAGCUUGACAAAGACGGUGUGUGCAGAGCAGUGUGAUGGACGCUGUUUUGGUCCGUACGUCAGUAACUGCUGCCACCGUGAAUGUGCAGGAGGCUGUUUCGGACCCAAAGACACAGACUGCUUCGCUUGUACCAACUUUAAUGACAGCGGGGCCUGUGUGACACAGUGUCCUCAGCCAUUUGUGUACAAUCCAACAACCUUCCAGCUCGAACACAAUCCCAAUGCCAAAUACACCUAUGGAGCUUUCUGUGUCAAGAAAUGUCCACAUAACUUUGUGGUGGAUCACAGCUCUUGUGUCAGAGCCUGUCCGAGCAACAAGAUGGAGGUGGAGGAAAAUCACAUCAAGAUGUGCGUCCCGUGCACUGACAUCUGCCCGAAAAUGUGUGACGGUAUAGGUACCGGCAGCCUUCAAACAGCUCAAACUGUAGAUUCCAGCAACAUUGAGAUGUUUGUCAAUUGCACCAAGAUCAACGGCAACCUCAUCUUCCUCAUCACAGGCAUCAAAGGAGACAUGUAUCAUGGUAUCGGUGCUUUGGAUCCUGAGCAAUUAAAUGUGUUCCGGAACGUCAGAGAGAUCACAGGUUACUUGAACAUCCAGUCUUGGCCAGAGAACAUGACUGACCUUGGUGUCUUUUCCAACCUUGUCACCAUAGGAGGAAGAACACUUUAUAGUGGUAUUUCUCUGCUGAUCCUAAAGCAGCGCUGGAUCUCUGCUCUGAAGUUCCAGUCUUUGAGAGAGAUCAGCGCCGGUAACGUCUACAUGACCAACAACAGCCAGCUCUGCUUCUACAACACAGUGAACUGGACCAGUCUGUUCCACACCAGCACCCAGAGAGCUCUGAUCAAGAACAACAGGGACCCCAGAGAGUGUACUCAGCAAAGGAUGGUUUGUGAUCCGCUGUGUUCAGUGGCAGGAUGCUGGGGUCCCGGUCCAGAUCAGUGUCUCUCUUGUAAAUACUUCAGCCGGGGAAGGACAUGUGUGAAAGCCUGUAACCUUUAUGAUGGAGAUGUUCGAGAGUUUGCCAAUGGAUCUGUGUGUGUGGUGUGUGACAGCCAGUGUGAAAAGGCAGAAGAUAGAACUCUUUCCUGUCAUGGCCCUGGUCCAGAUCACUGCUUGAAGUGUUUGCAUCUCAAAGACGGACCCAACUGUGUAGAGAAAUGCCCUGAUGGUCUGCAGGGAGCAAACAGCUUCAUCUUCAAAUAUGCUGAGACCAACAACGAGUGCCAUCCCUGCCACCCCAACUGCACCCAGGGGUGUACUGGACCCCGGAUCCAAGAUUGCAUCGGAAUGCUGGACAGGACUCCUCUGAUUGCAGCUGGGGUGAUUGGGGGGAUGUUUGUGGUUGUAAUCGUGGCCCUUGGAUUUGCUAUCUUUUUCCGACGGAAGAGCAUCAAGAAGAAAAGAGCCUUACGCCGUUUCCUAGAAACAGAGUUGGUGGAACCUUUAACGCCAAGCGGCACGGCGCCCAACCAGGCACAGUUACGUAUACUUAAGGAGACGGAGCUCAAAAGGGUAAAGAUCUUGGGAACAGGAGCCUUUGGCACUGUUUACAAGGGAGUCUGGGUUCCAGAAGGGGAAACAGUGAAGAUUCCAGUGGCUAUAAAGAUACUCAAUGAAAGCACAGGACCUAAAGCCAAUGUGGAGUUUAUGGAUGAGGCACUGAUCAUGGCCAGCAUGGAGCAUCCUCAUCUAGUGCAUCUUUUGGGGGUCUGCUUGAGUCCCACUAUUCAGCUGGUAACUCAGCUCAUGCCCCACGGCUGCCUGCUGGACUACGUACAUGAACACCAGGAGAACAUCGGCUCCCAGCUGCUGCUCAACUGGUGCGUGCAGAUCGCAAAGGGUAUGAUGUACCUAGAGGAGAGGCGGCUGGUGCACAGGGACCUUGCGGCCCGUAAUGUCCUGGUAAAAUCUCCAAACCACAUCAAGAUCACUGAUUUUGGACUUGCUCGACUGCUGGAAACCAAUGAAAAAGAGUACAGUGCUGAUGGAGGCAAGAUGCCCAUCAAGUGGAUGGCUCUGGAGUGCAUUCAUUACAGGAAGUUCACACAUCAGAGUGAUGUAUGGAGUUAUGGGGUGACUAUCUGGGAGCUGAUGACAUUUGGAGGAAAGCCCUAUGAUGGGAUUCCCACACGUGAGAUUCCAGACAUCUUGGAGAAGGGCGAACGUUUGCCCCAGCCACCCAUCUGCACCAUAGAUGUCUACAUGGUGAUGGUGAAAUGCUGGAUGAUUGAUGCUGAUAGUCGGCCUCGAUUCAAAGAACUCGCUGCAGAGUUCAGCCGUAUGGCACGAGACCCUCAGAGAUACCUUGUCAUACAGGGUGAUGAUCGCAUGAAGCUGCCCAGCCCCAACCACAGUAAGUUCUUCCAGAGUCUUUUAGAUGAAGAGGAGCUGGAUGACCUGAUGGACGCUGAGGAGUACUUGGUUCCUCAUUCCUUAAAUGCUCCUCCCACUUCCCAUAUGCCCCACCCACAUGUAGAUUCAAAUCAAAACCAGUUUGGGUAUCAUGAUGGAAGUUUGUGCCCCGAAGAUGUAACAGGGUCCCGACCUCAUGAGGCAGGUGCUACAGGAAGUGGCCCCUUGGUCCUGGCAGGUAUGCAAAGAUCAGGUCUGGACCCAGUAGACGAGAAACACUGUAAUGGAAGCUUGAAGAAACAACCCACAACUCACUCAGUAGAGGACAGCAGCGGGCAGCGUUACAGUGCAGACCCAACUAUCCUGCUGGGAGAGAAAGGACAGAGGGAAGAUACAGAUGAUGAUGGUUAUAUGUCCCCUAUGAAGGACAAGAUCUCCACAAAUCAUCUGAAUCGCGUUGAGGAGAACCCUUUUGUAACAAGGCAUAAAAAUAAAGACGUUCACGCUCUAGACAACCCGGGUUACCACAGCACCCCUGAUGGAAAGCCAAAGUGUGAAGAUGAAUAUAUCAAUGACCCCCUUUACCUCAACACAUUCAACAACACCAGCGACAUGAACCAGGAGAUGUUAAGGAAAAAUGGAAUCUCUAUUCCAUUGCAGGUGACAACAGUGGCCCACACUCCUGACACCCAUGUUCCCCACAUCAUACAAAUGGGUAAACCCCAUCAUCACAGCCAUGGACCACACGUUCACUUCGCCAUACCACCAGUUCAGCCUGUACACCCUGAUCAACAUACUCAUUCAGUUCAGUCGGUCCAUGAUCAUGGCAUCAAAUCUGGCCCUCCAGCACCAGCAGGCCAAAUCUGCCUAGUUAGCCAUCAGCCAGGACACCCAAGCAAUUCUAAUCAUUCACCCCAAGAGUUUAACUUGGCAAAGUCCAGUAAAGGUGGCACAAUGGGCCUACUGGCUCACCCAGUGCAAGUAGACAAGUUGUACAAAAAUAGCUUUGACAAUCCCGAGUAUUGGCAGCACAGCCUUCCACCCAAGGUUACCCCUCAAAUCUCCCAAGACUCUUCAGUGAUCUGCAAUAAAAAGUUCCUUUACAAGCAGAAUGGCCGCAUACAGCCUGCCAUGGCUGAAAACCCUGAAUAUCUGUCUGGUAUGAAGCCAGGAACAGUCCUGCCUCCUCCUCCGUACCGGCAGAGGAACACUGUGGUCUAGUGUCCAGGUCUCCAUUCUCUGUAGAGCCUGGUUCUUCUACCAGCACCUUAAAUGUCUUUCCUUGAUCCUCUGGUGGUCAAAAAUGGGACAAGAAACAAUAUAAGCCACUGAACUGACAUUUUAUCACAGAAAAUAUGGAAUAAAAACCAUGGGGGAAAAGGUCAAGACAGCCCAUCCAAACACCAUCCAUUUCCAAAGACCUCACCAGUCAUCCAGGAAUUUUUUUUUCUCCUCUACAGGUAUUUUAAAGUUUUUCAUCCAGGAUGGCACUUUAUCAGAUGUACUGUAGUAACAUCAUUAAUUUGGUUAAAUUAGAUAUUAAGUACACUAAAACAAAAGUUCCAAAAUGGGGUUUUCACAGCAAUGCUAUAGAACAGGGGUGUCCAAUCUUGCUCUUGGAGGGCCAAGACUUUAAUUCCAACCAGCUCCAACACACUUGCCUGGAAGUUUCUAGUGAGUCUCAAGACAUUGAUUACUUUGGUUCAGGUGUGUUUUAUAUGGGUUGAAGCUAAACUACCGCAGGACAGGAAAAGGUUUGGUUUGGACACCACUACCACAGAAGAACCAUUUUGGAUUCCCCAAAGAACCUUUCAGUGAACAGUUCUUAAGAGAACAAAUUUUCCUUAGUUCUUGUCUUAGAACUUCUUAACAAUCUGAAGAACCUCUUUCCAUUAUAAAGAACAUUUCGUGCAAUGGAAAGAUUCCAUGGAUGUUAAGAGUGUACAGUAGGUGGUUCCAGCUAAGAAUGUUUGGAUGUUGGAUAUUUGGAUAUUUGGAUGUUUGAAAUUAAAAAUUUCAUUCUGAAUGGACAGAGGAGUGUAUUUAAGAGAUAAUAGGAGUGAAUAUGCACUUAAAUUUUAUAUUUUUGUGACUGGAACACUUGCACUUUUUCAGCACAUCCUUCAUACGGCUAAAACUGCUGCCCUACUGGGAAGACAACUGUUAGACCUGAGAGGAUUGGGAAUUUAUGGACAGUUGAGUUCCUCAGCAUAAUGAAUUGAAUAGGAGGCUGAUAAAGGCACUGAGAGGCAUUUGUUCGUAUUUGGGAAUACAAUACAAUAAUCGUCAAGUGGGGUUAACACCAUUUGGUGAGCGUUGAACUCACCUGUUGAGAGAUAUGAAGAAUUAAUUAUCAGGAAGAAUGGCACUGAAUGGUUUACAGGGUGUUUACAUUAAUUUACUUUAUCAGUACCUGAAUUAAGUAAGCACGGACAAAGGCUUUCUGGGAACUUUAAUUCUCAUUUGACAGAAUUUUUACCUGUUACUUUUGAGUUCUUACUGGUUAAAAGACAUAAUGCAAGUUAGUCGAUAUUCUAUCAAAACAUUGAAGUCAGCAUGAAAUUGACCCCGUUUACUUUUAUAAAUGUUCCUGGUGUUCCAUGUUUUUCCAGCAAUCAAAUGUUUCAUAAUCAUUCAUAUUAUUGUGAAUGCCUUCCACCUCUGAAAUUAAUUUCCUUUUUGGCUGACAUCAAACCACACUGUAAAUUCUAAUUAGUAAACCUUACUUUAAAAAGCAUGCAAACCGAUUGCCUUGAAAAAAAAAAAGCAUGACUAAAGUUAAAUAAGAAUAUGUUUUUAUCAUCAACUUGAUAGAUACUAGUUCCCAGACUGCAUCAACAUCAGACACUUGUAUAAAACCAAACAAAUGUAGAUGAUCAGUUGUCACAAUCUGUCCUGCCUACACUGCCAUGUCUUUGGGUUAGUUCACCAAAAAAAUUAAUUUGCCAUUAUUUACUCAUCAAUGACUUUCAUUCAUUCUUAGAAAACAAAUGAAGACAUUUUCAAUUAAAUCUGAGAAAUUUCUGUCCUUCAACUGAAUGUCUAUUCACCCGAAACUUUAAACAGUUGAUCAUAUAAAGCGAUUAUGUCCCUUCCAAAGACUUGAGCUGCUUUUCCAUCGUCAGGCCAAACCAUUCUUGUUGCUUAACCUUUCCAUUCUGUGCUGGUCAGGCCCAAGCUGAUACGAAUAUGGUUUCAUUUUUCACAGUUGGGAUAACAAAGCUCUUUGCAAUGCAACACAAAUGUGUCGGUCAUUGUAAUGCAAGAGUUAAGAUCAGAAUCAGAAGGAGCUUUAUUACCAAGUGUGUUUACACACACAAGAAAUUUGACUUGGCGACAGGUGCUUCCAGUGCAGAAGAAAGUACACACAUAGUGCAAACAUACAUGAAAGUGCAGACAUACAUAGAAUUACACAGUAAAGAUUAAAUAACCCUAAUAUAAGAAAAAUAAAAAAUGCACUAUAUACAGAAAUAUAUAGAGAGAAAAAAAUUUAAAUUAAUGUACAGAUAUGUUAUUUACAAGUGUACAGAUUAUGUAGUUUACAAUACAAUUUCCAGAUGCUAUGUAUAAAAGUGUCAGUUAUGAUGGACAGUGUGCUGUUCUUGUGCCUGGCUGUUCUGGUGGUCAGUGCUCUGUAGCGUCGACCAGAAGGCAACAGUUUGAAGAGAGAGUGUGCUGGGUGUGUGGGGACCAAAGUGAUUUUACCAGCCCUUUUCCUCAAUCUGGAGGUGUAAAGAUCUUUGAGGUUGGGCAGGGGAGCACCAAUGAUCCAUAGGGUAUGAGAUGUAAAUAGCGACCGUGUUAUGAAAGAAGAAAUAUUUAUUUUAAUUUUGCUUUUAACUUUUCAUAACUUUUCUCAAAUAGCUUGCUUGGCUAGCUACAGAGAAACUGGUGACUAGGCAACAGAAAAGUGUUGUGGUGGAUUGGAAUUGUGACCAAUCCUGAGCAGGGACAUCACUACAGGCACACAGCACAGUUCAGCAUAGCUGGCUAAGAAUUCCAUAUCAAGAACGGUUGGUAAUCGGACCAUGCCUAACCAAAUUCAAGUGAAAAUAUAACUGGAACUGCUUCUUACCAUUCUUAGAACCAUUUGGCCCAAAAGUAGAAAAGCGCCUUUAGAUUAAACCGCUCCAUUCAUAUGGAUAUAUUUAUUUAAUAUUCUUUAAUAAGAUUUUGUCAGAGGUUUGGGUUAACAGACUUUCAAAAGAGGAAUAGAAAUCUCUCAUUGUUGUUAUUAUUAUUAUUAUUUUUAAUUAUUAUUAUUAAAAAUAUCUUAAUUCAUGUCAUGAAGAUGAACACAAGUUUGGAAAGACAUGCGAGAGAUUGAAUGGUAGAAUUGUCAUUUUUGGGUUAACUAGGUAUACAAUCAACAUUAAUCUUUAUAUAAGUAUCUCAGUAAUAUACCAGAAAAUACAUAGAAAAGUCCCACAAUUAUGUGCAAUUUAAAAAAAGUGUUUCAUUCACCAAAAUACACCACUAACAGUUCUAACAGCGGAAUAGAAGAUCUUUGGUGCCUGUUCAGCCUAGUUCAGACUACACAACUUUAAACGGCGGAAGAUCGCUGUGCUGUUCAGACUAAAUGACUUGCUCUCUUUAAGUUGUUUCACACGAUGUGACACUACGUAAAUGAUCCACAACUGGCCUUGGAGUCAUACACUACUCCAGGGGUGUCAAACUCAAGUCCUGGAGGACCAGAGCCCUGCAUAGUUUAGAUUCAACCCUAAUUAAACACACCUGAUCCAACUAAUCAAGUCUUUCAGACUUAUUUGAAAGCUACGUGGUAUAUGUGUUGAAGCAGGGUUGGAACAAGACUCUGCAGGGCUCCAGCCCUCCAGGAAUUGAGUUUGACACCCCUGCACUACAUGAUAUGACAACAACUCUGUCACCCAACGACUCUACACAGUCCACAUUUUGUCACGAAAACACACGCAAGAAUUUGAACAGAAAUGAUGCAAAACAACAAGUGAAACAGGAGUUGUUUAUUUGAAAAUGGACGCUGGAAAGAAAUUGCGUGAUGAUCUGUUCUGAAAAAUUUCGCUCCAUUUCUUGUGUCCAAACUUUUCUUAAAGCAACACUAUGUAGUUUUUUGACCUUAAAAUAAUGUCUCUAAAGUUAUUUCAGUGGUAGAACACCUCUUAACCGGACGAAUUCCACUGCCGCUGCUACCUGAGCAGCCUCCUAGCCGUUCAAACCACACUCUGUAAGUUUUGGGUCGGUACACACAGCCCCACCCAUCUGCUUUCAGCGGAAGAGUGCAACCUGCUUUACGGCAUACGUAACAUAUUUUACUCGUAGCCUGGGUGGAGUUAGCCAACAGUUAACUAUAAGACGAAACAAUCUAAUAUGCAAGUCUCAAAACCAAUGCCAUGGCAGAGCCAGCAAAGAAACCGAAAAGGGAUUUGUUGGAGGAAGCAAAGAAAAGACAGUUCCAUCAGCUAUGUCAACAAAUUCAUGUGUAUUGCGCUGCCCAUGGGCAAGCUUAUACAGCAACAGUAUUUACGACACUGGUAUAAGACAAUUGUGCUUAUCAACCACAUGGGGGAACCGUGUAAAAGUUACAUGGUGUUGCUUUAAAGCCAUGUUGCUGCUGCUGUUUUUCUUCUGGUGACCUCAACCCAUGCCUUGCUCUGUCACUGGCUGUAGCUCGUUGUGACACCAUGUGAUGUUGAGUCGGCAGG